GGACAUUUUAGUCGGUUUAAUAAACCGCAAUCGGUGAAAUCGACUCCUACGAAUCAGAACGCAUCCCGAGAGAUUAUCGAUACAGAGUAAAUAAAACGCGAAAGAAACAACAGCGCGUUCCUGAAAUACCGGAGCACAACAUCGUACAGUUAUAGUCAUAAUUCCAACGAAUUCCAAAAAUAUUUUGGCAGCGAACGCAGAAGGAAAGAUAGAAGGGACACGGUAAACAACGCCAUUGUUCUCGCGAAUAAAAUGGGCAACGUACGCAGCGAGUUUUUCCAAAACACCUCAGACGAUAUCUGGUGGCAGCCGGCAAGAGAAGCACCCAGAACACCGGAACCAGUGAGAAUACAACGGGAGGAUUUGAUCAACUUCAGGAGAGAGCUGGAGCUUAAGCAGCAGAAACGCAGGGAACUGAUCGAGGAGAAGCGAAAGGAGAUGAUGGAUUUGAGGGAGGAAGUGCAGCGUCUGCAGAAAGAAAACGAAGAUUUGAAGCAAGUGCGUAGUGGAUGUGACCACGUGAAAGAGAUCGCUCAACUGAAGGAUGAAAACGACGAUCUUAAAGUGGAAAUUGAAAAGUGGAAGAUCGAGCUUAGGAACAUGGCAGAUGUUGCGGCGAAGAACAGGGAAUUGCGUUUGAGCAUCAGUGAAAUGCAGGGUGAAGUGCAAAGAGUGAACUCUGAACUGGUGGCCAUCGAGCAGGAACGUUUGGAAUACGGCAAUCACAUCACGGCCUUGAAGGAUGUCGUUCGCGUUACUAAAAAUAUGCUGGAGAUUCGGGAAAACCAAAUCGAAGAACUCAAAAACAAAGUUAAAACUGUCGAAGAAUUGUUAGCCUCGAAAGAGAUGAAAAUCAUGUCCGAUGGUCUUAGGGAGGAGUACGAAAGGCAACUAAGGAACAUCAGGAAUUUGCGCGUGUUGUACGAGGAGCGGCAGAGAAUUGACAAGAAAGACAAGGAACAUUUGCAGACGCAAUUAGAAGAGACUCAGAAGCUGGUGGAAGAGGAACAAAAUAAAAACAAAGAACAUCUUCAGAGGAUUGCUGAAUUGGAAGAGGAGAACUCGAAGAAGUACGACGAAAUCAAUAAUUUGCAAUCAAAUCUAGGUUUGAGCAAAGCCGAUUGCAAGGAGUUACAAGGAGAGAUCGAUAUUAUAAACCAGCUAUUUUCAGAAAUCCUCUUGGGUUUUAACAAUUCACAAGAGAUUAACUUGGAUAAAACCAUCAAGAUUCUGGAGGAGAACCAUGGUUUGCUCACGAAAUUCGCCAACGAAGAGACAACAUCGAAUGCGGCGGCUUUACCCAAACUUUUGUUGGAUUUGAUUCAUCAAAUCGAUAAAGAAAACGAAUCAGAAGAUAAUUCGCAGGAAAUUAAAAAGGAAGGAGUUAUGCACCAAUUGAACAGCGCCGAGGAAAUCGUGGAGAAUUUGCCGAAAGUCUGGAAAAUUCUCAUUGAACUCUUGAGCCAUCAAAAUCCGCCAUCCAACGAUUUGAGCGGUGAUCACUGCUACAAAUCCAUCGAAACUCCGACUGGACCAAAGCUUAAACUGAGCGUUAGCCAAACAUUCAUCCGCUUAAAGGAUUUGAUUUUGGAGAAGAAGUUCCUUGAGAGGGAAAUGUAUAGGUUGAAACAUCUGAAUACGCAUUUGGGAGGACGCCUGCAGGAUCAGGAGAAGCGGUUGGAACUCGUGUCGGGGGAACUUGGUAAAACUUGGCACGUGGUUGGCAAGAUGCAGAGACAGCAUCAGCAGUUGCACACCCACGAGAAGGUGAUUCGCCACGAGUUGCAGCAGAAACGGAAACUGUUGGCGCAAUUGAAAGAGGAUCUGCAGGAUUGCCGGGAAAAGUGGGUUUUGGCCAGGGAGAAGAAUAACUCGACGCAGGAGCAAUGGAAGGAACUGAGGAAGGAAUUCGCCGCAAGGAAGAACCUCAAUGAUGAUUAUAACAAUAGCGGGGAGAGCGGUUACAGCGACAAGGAUACCAGCGAGGAUGAACGGGGAUACGAAACGGACGUGGAGGAGAAACCAGAUAAGCAUUCCUUGGAGAAGACUGAAUUUAACGAAAGACAAAGCGACGGGUUUCAGGCUUCAAACUAUUUCCAAGAAGAGCAGCAAUCAAAUGGAACUGUACAAGUAGUUGCAAUUAACGAAGAAGAAGCUUCGGAGAUCUGUAACGAAGAGCAGGAUCACGAUGAAACGUCACCAAAAGAAUUAAAUUCAAGUGAAGCAAGUUCUGUAAUAAAUACUGAAAAUCUUCAAGAAGAAACACGCCGUGAAGAUAAUGCUAGUGAACAACCGAAAUCUAUAACUGUCGAAGAUUUCUUAAACACUCGAGAAAUGAAAUUGAAAAGGCUCAAUCAAGAAUGCAAGGAAUAUUUGCAGAAAGUUACAAAAUCUACAGAGACACAAGAAAAUACUACAAAGUUGGAAAACUUGUAUGAAAAUUAUAGUUUAAAUAUGGAAGAACAGCCAAGCACAUCAGAUAAUUAUUUACCAGAAAUCAAUGAAGAACAAACAAUUACAGAUAGAUCUUUAGCUAACACUACCACAAUAAAAGAUGAUGCAAGUAGUAGCCAAAUGACUAAUACAACAUGUGAAACAACAAAUUCAAAAGAUGAAUGUAUUAAUACUAGAUGUGAGAAUGUCCAAUCUAUUUCCAUACCAGAGGAACAUAAAAUAGAAUCAAGUAACAUGAAUGAAUCACCACAACCUAAUGUAUCAUCUGGAGCAAUUCCCAAGUCAAACGAAGCUACUCCUUCUACGUCCAGGACUACCGAAGAAAUCCUGCAAAGGCGAGAAGAGCGUCUGAAACGUUUAGAAGAACAGAGCAAACAGCUCCUGCAAAAAGUCACAAAAACGACAGUCAAAAGUGCAGACAUAUCGCAGAAGUUAGACUCGUUGCAUGAAAUGUACGGUGAUCCUAAGGAGGAAGACGAACCUGAAACCAAACCAGACAAAGAAACCUAAUUGUUAUAAGUGCAUAUUUUUAUUAUAAAUAAUUGUUUAUA